AAAAACAGAGUGAAUGAUAAUUCAAAUCUGGAAAUGUCAAAAAUUGUUUCAUUAAUUUGAUUAAUAUUAAAAAAAAAAAUUUCCGUUUUGUUUCUGUUUUCGUUUUUGAAUAUUUUAUUGAAAUAAUUUUGUUUUUGUGAAACUAAUUUGUUAAUUGACAAAAAUUUGGUUUUUCCAUUUGAAAAAAAUGCAACUGUGAUUUUGUGAGAAUUAUUUUUUUUUCAAAUUUUAUCUGGGAGAGACCAAAAUGGCAGGUCAUUUCGAAUAUGAAGAUAGAGGACAGAGGAUUCGUCAUCGAAUUGGAACGACUUCUAGACCUGCUGAUUCCACUGUCGCAUGUUCAAGUUCGCAAUAUUAUGUGGGCCCAAGCAAUGACAUUAGUGAAGAGGAUUUAGUUGAUUUACCAUCUUGUGUCUAUGCAGGAAGAAAUCCACACCACGUGACACAUACAACACAACAUUCACAUUCACCUUUACAUUAUCACAUACCAAAUACAACUCAAGAUCACAAUGACAUUGAUAUCAAUGGAGUUGAAGAAAGUUAUUAUCCAAAUGGCAGUCCUUAUAGAAUUCAAAGACACGCUGCCAAUAUUAGAGAACGAAAACGAAUGCUAAGCAUCAACUCGGCUUUCGACGAGCUAAGGGUUCAUGUACCCACCUUUCCAUACGAGAAGAGGCUCUCAAAAAUUGACACCCUACGAUUAGCAAUAGCGUACAUAGCAUUACUUAGGGAUUGUUUGGAUGCAAAACAGGAUCCUUUGACUUACAUCGAAAGGUGCCUUCGAGGAGAAAUUAUUGGCGUACGAGCUGAAUGGAAUACAAGUGAUUUAACAGCUCGAUUAUCGUGGAUAAAUUGGGAAAACCUUGGAGUCAACCCCAAUCGACGAUCAGUUUUAACUAAUUUAGCACUAACGACUGACAAUAUGACCUAAAAGAAAAAAUUAAUUAAUUUUCAAACUCUGUAAAAAUACCACAUAAAAUUAGGGUCGUAAAUAAUAAUAUAAAUCUCUAGUCUUUGUGCCCUUUGUGCAAUAUAUAAGAAUGUUUUAACAUUAAUUAAUGUAUUAUGUAUAUAAAUAUCCCUCUAAUCCAAAGAUCUAGUUAUGUAUUUAGAUACUAUAGAUAUUAUUAUUUAAUUUGAAAUAUAAUUAUUUAUAAAGUAAA